AUGGUGCUGCCAGAAGAAUGCUGCAACAAGUGCGCGGCGACGGCGGGCUGCGCGGCCUUCACCUUUAUCAACUCUGGCUGGGACGGCCAGACCCACUGCUACCUCAAGAGCAGCACCGGCACCAAGAAGAGCGUCGCGGGGGCUGUGUCGGUAGUCGUGGCUUCGGCCACGUGCAUCAACUCUCCACUGGCUGUGAACUCGACGUCGACUCAUAUCCAGGCGCAGAUCCGUAGUGGUGCCGUCAAGUCCCGAGCCGUCAACUUGGGUGGUUGGCUGGUGAGCGAGAACUGGAUGUCCUGGGACUCGCCGCUGUGGACGAACGUGGCCAGCGACCAGGCGUGGCGUGGCGAGUACAACGUCAUGAAAGGCCUCGGCAAGACGGAAGGCGCCGCCGCCUUUGAAGCGCAUCGCAAGACGUGGAUCACUGAGGCCGACAUCAAGGAGAUCGCGGCCACCGGCGUGCUCAACACUGUUCGAGUUUCUGUCGGCCACUGGAUCGUUCGAGACGCCACCACUGCUCCUGGCACUGAGGGCGACAUGUACGCUCCUGGCGGACUCAAGUACCUGGACACGCUCAUCAACGACUGGGCCGUCAAGUACAACGUGGCGGUCUUGGUGAGCCUCCACGCGCAUCAGGGCAGUCAGAACGGCUACGAGCACAGCUCUCCAGUCACCAUCGGCACUGUUGCGUGGAGUACGUCGCAGACCAACAUCGACAACUCGCUAGUGUUCUCGACCUUCCUGGCGGCUCGAUACAAGGACAGCCCCGGGUUCCUCGGUCUGGCCUUGAUGAACGAGCCUCAGCCCCCCGUGGAUCGAACUGCGCUGCAGAACUACUACAUAGAGUCGUACAACCGCAUUCGAGCCACGGGUAACCAGUGUAUUCUGCUCGUGACUCCGUUCCUGAGUGAACAAGACGCGGACCACUUGAGCGGGAUGAUCGGCGCCCCCGACUACGUGAAUGUGUGGAACGAGAUCCACGCGUACUUCAUCUGGGGCUACGACGGCGUGACGGAGGAGCAGAUUCUGGCGCAGAUCGACGUGUACGACCAGAGCCACCUCAAGGCGGCGCAGACCAACAACCGCCUCUUCCUGGGCGAGUGGUGUAUGGGAGGCCCUCCCGACCAGACCGGCAUCUUCCAGAACUUGGACAACUUUCGUGAACUUGGACGGAAGCAGCUCGCGUACUACAACGCGGACACCACCGGUGGCUGGGCCUUCUGGACGUGGCGCCAUUCGGACGAAACGAUCAAGCGCACGGGCUGGUCGAUGCGCUAUUUGAUCCGGAACGGCUUCCUCAACCUGUCUUGA